AUGCUUCUUUCUUCCAACUUCUCCCGCACUCUCCUCUCCGGAUCGAAACUUCCCUCGACCUCAAUUCCUCGCUCUCUAUCCGCCAAGCGCGCCUUCUCUCGCUCCCUUCCUCCCAACAUGAAGCACCAUCUGAUGGUCGGUACCUGGACCCCGCCAGGCCGUAUCUACACCGUCGCAUUUGACGAUGAGGCCCUCACGCUGGAAUUGGUCAAGAAGACCGAUAUCCCAGAGGCCGAGCCUAUCUCGUGGAUGACAUUCUCGCACGAUAAAAAAGCCAUCUACGGCGCCGCUAUGAAGAAAUGGAACAGUUUUGCGGUGAACAGUCCUACCGAUAUUGUUCAUCAGGUCUCACACCCUGUCGCUGGCCACGAGCUCGCCCCCAGCGCCGAUACCAACACGCGCGCCAUCUUCGUCCUAGCCGCCCAUAAACCCCCAUACAACGUCUACGGUAACCCGUUUUACAAAUACGCAGGCUACGGAAACGUUUUCUCGGUCGAGUCCGACGGGCGACUGGCGCAAAACGUACAGAACUACGAAUACGAGCCCAACACGGGCAUUCACGGGAUGGUAUUCGAUCCGACAGAGACGUAUCUCUACUCGGCCGAUCUCCAAGCCAACAAAAUCUGGACGCAUAAGAAGGACGCGACAGGGCAACUGACGCUGGUCGAUUGUCUCGAGGCACCUUCGCCGGACGACCACCCGCGCUGGGUUGAGAUGCACCCGAGCGGAAAGUAUCUCUAUGCGCUGAUGGAGGCGGGAAACCGUUUAGCGGUAUAUGUGAUCGAUGAGCGAACCCAUGUCCCUGUGUUUACACAUAUUACGUACCCCUUGCUACCCGCAGGCCUCCCCCCUCGUAAUAAGUACCGUGGCGACGUCACCUUCACGGCCCGCAGCGGAGAAUACCUCUUCGCCACGACGCGCAGCAACCACUUCGACGUGACGGGAUACAUCACGGCCUUCAAGCUCGGUCCGAACGGCAACAUCGAACGGCAGCUUUUUAUUAACCCCACCUCAACUAGCGGCGGGCACUCGAACGCCGUCAGCCCAUGCGAUUUUAGCGACGAGUGGCUGGCACUGUGCGACGACCAGCUUGGGUUCGUGGAGAUGUACCGAUUCCGCGACGAGAGGCUGGCGCGCGUGGCGCGCGUGGAUAUUCCGGAGAAGGGAUUCGGAAUGAAUGCCAUUUGGUAUGAUUAA